AAUCCUUCAGUCCGUAUACAACAAACACAAUGGGACCUAAGCGGAAAUCAGCGGCGCCAACACCAGCCGCAGUGUUGGAACAGUUACAGCAGUCAAAGUCACUCAAGCUCCUGGCUAUUGCGGAAACACUAUCGCCCAAGGAUCUCCCACAGGCCGCGAAGAAGCGCAAUUCGGCGGCGUCGGAGGACAGCGAACAGAAUGGCGACACUCAUCCGGCAGCCCUCGAGGCUGAUCUACUACAUUACAAGGAACUCUUCAGCAAGCUACGCUUCAGCUACGUCGAACAGGUCACCAAGGAGAAGUUCCUACGCAGCAUAACGGAGAACCCGCCCCGCCUGGUCGACGCUCACGAGAACGACGAGAAGGAGAAGGAGAUACUGGGUCUCAAGGCAGAGCUCAAGGAGCGCAAGUUGGAGGUAGCUGAUAUCCUGAAGCAGCUGGAGGACAAGGGGAAAGAGCUCGCACUACGCUACGAGGGUCUUCAACUACGCACACAACAGCUUGAGUCACUUCCAAGUGAGAUCGCAGGCCUAGAAGCGAGCAUUGAACAGUUGAAGCACGAGCAAACGCCAGUCUCAACGAACCCUGAGCUGUCUCUCCCACUUCCAGAAACUCAGCGAGUACUCAGCGAACGAGAGGCGGAGCUCGCAGCCCUGAAUGCGCAGAUCGCAAGUCUGCAGGCUACCAUCCCGAACCGAACCAGAGAUCUGGAGAAGCUGGAGCGCGAGCUGAGGCCACUGGAGACGCAGAAACAGGGAACCGUGGCGGCAGCUAAAGAGGCCCGGAGACGGAAGGAAGAGGGCGGUGGAAUCGGAGAUGAACUAGAAGAGAGAGGAAGAUGGCUCCGAGCGUCUGAAAAGGCGCUAAGGGAGAUGUUGGAUGUUGAGGGAUGACGUCCUUGCGGUGAGCGGGUGUGAUGUGCUUGUUACGGCGUUAUGGACUCGAGAUACCACUGCUUGAAACGAAUUUUCUCUCUGCGCAAUCUAACCCGUGCCUAAUGCACCUGCGAACACGGUGCUUGAACAUGUCCCCUAGGGCCCUAGUGACGGUUCGCCUCACUGCCAACGCAUCCGCGCCCAAGAGCAGAC